GCCCCGGAGCCGCCGAGCAGCGGCCGCGGAUCUUCCCCCCCUCCCUCCUCCUCCCUCCCCGUCCUCACCUGCACACACCCCGGGAGGGGGACGGCGCGGUGUCCUCUCUCCUCAGCCACCAACCACGGCCGCUCUCGGUGAGGAAACUCUGGCCUCCGCUUCCUCCUCAGACUCGGACACCGGCCGAGCGACCCCUCCCCCGCGGAAGAAGCACCGAGCCUCGGAGGAGGCGGCGGCGGCAGGAGAAGCGGCGGAGACUCAAUCGGUCAUACCCGGCGGUAGAGGAGCCAGCGGGGGGAACAUGCAGGCCAACGGGGCAGCGGCCGGUGCGGGGGGCUCGGGGGGCCCGGAGCAGGACAGCGGCGCCCCCUCCUCCUCCUCACAGAACGGGGAGGCCUCGUCCUCCGGUACCGGCGGGGAGCAGGCGCACUCUAACGGGCUCCUGAGCACCAGUAACGGGGCCGCGUCCUCCUCCUGUGCCGCCUCCAGCACCGCCGAGCAGCCGGGCCUGAAGAAGAAGAAGCGGCUGAGCCCGGCAGACGAGGACGUCAUCCGCCUGAUCGGUCAGCACCUGCACGGCCUGGGCCUCAACCAGACGGUUGAUCUCCUCAUGCAAGAAUCAGGAUGUCGCUUAGAGCACUCAUCUGCUACCAAAUUUCGCAACCAUGUCAUGGAAGGGGAGUGGGAUAAGGCAGAGAAUGAUCUGAACGAGCUGAAGUCUUUGGUGCACUCUCCUCACGCUGUAUUGCCAUGUCGUCCACCUGCUGGAGGUACAGGGAGCGAGCAUUCCUCCUCAACCUGCCCCACGUCAGACGUCAUACGGAGGAUGAAGUUCUUGCUGCUCCAGCAGAAGUACCUUGAAUACUUAGAAGAUGGGAAGGUCCUCGAAGCACUGCAGGUCCUGCGCUGCGAGCUGACUCCACUAAAAUACAAUACAGAGAGAAUUCACGUCCUCAGUGGGUAUUUAAUGUGUAGUCAUGCAGACGACCUGCGAGCAAAGGCAGACUGGGAAGGAAAAGGGGCAACCUCACGCUCUAAGCUACUUGAUAAACUCCAGACAUACCUUCCACCAUCUGUCAUGCUACCACCCAGACGUCUGCAAACCCUAUUACGUCAAGCUGUCGAGCUACAGCGAGAUCGGUGCCUCUACCACAAUACAAAACUUGACAAUAAUCUGGACUCUGUAUCUCUGCUUAUUGAUCAUGUCUGCAGCAGGAAACAGUUUCCAUGUUUCACACAGCAAGUCCUUACAGAACACUGCAAUGAAGUCUGGUUCUGUAAGUUCUCAAACGAUGGCACUAAACUAGCGACAGGAUCAAAAGACACAACUGUUAUAAUAUGGCAGGUUGAUCCAGACACACACCAGCUAAAGCUACUUAAGACAUUAGAAGGCCAUGCUUAUGGGGUUUCCUACCUAGCCUGGAGCCCGGAUGACAACUAUCUUGUAGCCUGUGGUCCAGAUGACUGUUCUGAGCUUUGGCUGUGGAAUGUACAGACCGGGGAGUUGAGGACUAAAAUGAGCCAGUCUCAUGAAGACAGCCUGACAAGCGUGGCCUGGAAUCCAGAUGGGAAGAGAUUUGUAACCGGGGGUCAGAGAGGACAGUUCUACCAGUGUGAUCUAGACGGCAAUCUGUUGGACUCCUGGGAAGGUGUGAGGGUGCAGUGUCUCUGGUGCUUAAGUGACGGCAAAACUGUUCUGGCAUCAGACACUCACCAGAGGAUCCGGGGCUAUAACUUUGAGGACCUUACAGAUAGAAACAUAGUACAAGAAGACCAUCCUAUCAUGUCUUUUACAAUAUCAAAAAAUGGAAGGCUAGCAUUGUUAAACGUAGCUACUCAGGGUGUUCACUUAUGGGAUUUGCAAGACAGAGUUUUAGUGAGAAAAUACCAAGGCGUGACGCAGGGCUUCUACACAAUACACUCGUGCUUCGGCGGUCACAACGAAGACUUCAUUGCUAGCGGCAGUGAAGAUCACAAGGUAUACGUCUGGCACAAACGCAGCGAGUUGCCCAUCGCAGAGCUGACGGGCCACACACGCACCGUAAACUGUGUGAGUUGGAACCCACAGAUUCCCUCACUGAUGGCCAGCGCUUCUGAUGACGGCACAGUUAGAAUAUGGGGACCAGCACCUUACAUAGAAAACCAGGAGUUUGAAGAGGAAUGCAGUAGCAUGGACAGUUGAUGGCGAAUAUUUUUUGUUAAUUUUUUUUUUUCUUUUUCGUUAAAAAAUUAUUUUCCCUUUUUUUUUUUUUUUUUUGAAGACGACUUGUCUAACUUAAAAUUUAGUCGUAUUUUUAAAUGGCUUGGGAUUGGUGCAAAAAAAAAAAAAAAAACACAAACAAGAUUGAUAGCGGGACUGACGCUUUUCAAGAGAAGUUUAAAAAAAAAAGUGAAAAAAAUACAAAAACCUACGAGUCUGGUGCCGCCCCUCCUCCUCCUGUGUGGGGGAGGGCUGGCGAUCAUUUACCACCCUGCUUCAUAGUCCCCAGCUCCGAUGAAGCACGUCGUAUAGAUUGUUAUUGGACACCAUGUUACCCCCCAUCGGUUGUGAAGAACUGUGCUAUAUUCAAGCUGUCCAUUGAACUCGGUAUCUUUUCUCCCCUUCUGCCUUUUUGUCCGGCAGCCUCUUACCAUCCUUGUUGCUCUUCUGUGUAAUGAAGUUUAAUGCUUGUUUGGAAAAAACAAAAAAAAACACAAAAAAAAAAAAAAAAAUUAUUUAACAGUUUAGAAGGCUUGAUAGAUCGCUUUAGUCUGAGUAUCCAUUUAAUAGGAAAGUAUUUUCUCCUCUCGUUUCAUGGAUUCUUUCCGCCUUAUUUAGCUUGAUAUCUUUCCAGCUUGGUUCAUGGAUAGUAGCCUUACUUCUGUUUUUUUUUAAUUUAAUUUAUUUUGAUUUUUAUUUUAUUUUUUAUUCAUUUUUUUUUUUUUUUUUAAACCCUUCAGAAACAGUUUGCAAAAAACAGUAUAUCCAAAAAAAAAAAAUCCUAUUGGACCAUAACCAUUGAAGCCGCCGACUUACAAAAUCCUAAGGUUUUGUACUUUUUCCGGAUCCAGUAAAAAGAAAAAAAAAUGUGUUGCCCUUGGUUAACAGCACAAUUUUUUUUUAAAAGAAAAUUUAAUAAAUUAUUUAUAGGACUAUAGAAAGAGUUCAUUUUGUGUAAGUUUAAGGGAAAAAAAAAAAAAGAAUUCAACCAGCUUUAUUGAGUCUCCACAGAGAAGACUUGGGGCAUCGAUUUCGAACCGUAACUCCCUCCCCCUUCUCCUUUUAAUGCACAAUUACAAGUUGGGGGAUAGCCUGGGAGUAGGGGCGGAGAACGGUAUUUUCUUUCCCCAGAUGUUUUAUUGCAACUUUGUUAAAGACGUCCAUUUAUUUUGCUGCUGACAACCUAGUCUAGGUAAGGGCCGAGGCACAGGCCUCAUUGGGGCGCUCGAUCAGUGUUUUUUUAUUUUAUUUUUCUAUAUAUAUAUUUUAUUUUAAUUUUAUUUAUUUUAAUUUUCUUUUCUUUUAUAUUUUAAAAAUUUUUUUAUUUUUUUUUUAUUUUUUUUCCCCCCCCAAAGUUUGGGGAUGGUGGAGAUUUGCAGGCAUUAAAGUUGGAGAGAACUGCGGCUCCCCUCGACUUGACAGAUCAGGGUUGCUCGGAAUGUAGAUUUAACUGUUGAACGUCCAUUUUUUGUGUAGUUUAUAUCUGGAUGUAAUAUUCAAAUUAUAAUGGUGCAUUACAGAACAGCGCUGCACUGAAUGUUUUGCUUGCUCUUCGGAUUGCUGGAUCCCUUAGUAAUAUAUACCGUAUGCUUGGAUUUAUAUUAUGCAACUCCGAGCAUACGCUAUAAAAGCCUGCUGGGAGUUGUAGUUUCACAACUGUUAAAUAACUGAUUAAGUGUUUUUUUUUUUUGGUCAGGUUGCGUUCAUCCGGACCCUCGUGCACUUGAGUCAGCAGUGCUUCUUAGCUGCAGAGCUUGAUGGUGUUUUCCCAAGCUGUCCGGCAAUGCUGGGAGUUGUAGUUUGCAAUAUCUGGAGGGCCACAGUUAGGAGACCACUGGUCUAUAAUGAUCAGUAUACAUACUGUAGGGCCGUGUUUCCUAACCAGGAUGCCUACAGCUGUUUCAAAAGUACAACUCCCAGCAUGCUAAGCAGCAGGUAUCAUGUUUUUGGUAGUGAAUGGGAGACAA